UGUGUGUGUGUGAGUGUGUGUGAGUGCAUGUGUGGGUGUGUUUGAACUGCAGUUGCUCUUCAUCGUUUUUGACAAGAGCUACUCCUCCCUGGAGGAUGACAAUGGAGGAGAUGAAGAAUGAAGCGGAGACAAACUCCAUGGUAUCCAUGACGCUGUACGCUGUGAUGUAUCCAGUUUUUACUGAGCUGGAGAGGAUCAACAUGUCAGCUGCUCAGACGCUCAGAGCAGCCUUCAAAAAGGCUGAGCGGGAGAACCCUGGUCUGACGCAGGACAUCAUAAUGAAGAUCCUGGAGAAAAAGAACGUUCAAAUCAACUUCACCGAAUCCCUGCUGCGCAUGGCUGCAGAUGACGUGGAAGAGUUCAUGAUUGACCGGACCGAACAAGAGUUCCUGGACCUAAAUGAAAAGGCCAGAGCACUGAAACACAUUCUUAGCAAAAUCCCAGAUGAGAUCAACGACAGAGUACGCUUUCUACAAACUAUCAAAGACAUAGCCAGCGCCAUAAAAGAGCUCCUGGACACAGUCAACAACGUCAUUAAGAAAUAUCAGUACCAGAAUCGCAGAGCUCUGGAGCACCAGAAAAAGGAGUUUGUGAAGUACUCCAAAAGUUUCAGUGAUACCCUCAAAACAUACUUCAAAGAUGGAAAGGCAAUAAACGUCUUCAUCAGCGCAAAUCGGCUCAUCCACCAAACCAACCUCAUACUGCAGACCUUUAAAACCGUGGCCUAGCCCCGCAGAGACCACCGAGUCCCCACCCGACACCACCCUGUGUGGGGAGCACAGGAGCCUGAGGAGCGCCUCACCCAUAUAUGUAAAUUAGAGUUGAUUUUAGGGUCGGGGUCGAUUUCAUUGGAGUCAAGAUUCUAGAUUCCAGUUCAAGAGACUGAAAAGUGCCAUUUGUUUCUUAAUGAGGAUUUUCCAGUCUUGAAAUGGAACUGAAUGGGCCCAAAGUCUUGGUGAAAUUGGUUUUAUUUGGAGAGUUUUAAUUUAUAACCCUGGUCUUGUUGGGAGGUGGUGAGGUGAGGUGUUUGUACAAGACUAAUUGCCAUUUUUCUAAUAUAUUCAUCAUGUUGAUCGUUUUAAUUUUUAGCUUUUCGGUCACGACCACGUUCAGUUUAGAGGUUGAGUCUCAGCCUUCUACACUGGUUUUUCCUCUUCUCGCCUCCUUUUUGUGUCAUUUUGCCACGGUGUGUAUGCGCAGGAUUGACAAAACUAUAAAAAAAAAAAAAUCACCCCGAGUGCAGGUAAAGCAGUCACAAGGAGAGGAAGCAGUUUGGACAUUUGAGAGGCAGACUCUGAUUUUGUUUCUCGUUAUUAUCAGAAGACAGAAAGCCAAAUUACUUCCAGCACUGUGUGCGCCUUACAAAGUCCUGUAACAUUCCCUCUGAGUCUAAUGAAGUGGAACCAGCUCCUGCUGUCAGGGGACUUAGAAAGUGAAAUGAAACUUCUGUAUUUAACUGAUAUCUGGUUGCAAAUGUUCAAUAAAUAGUUUCCAAAUGA